AUGAACCCGCAGCAGGAGAUGGAGCAGAGGGGACAGUGCCAGUGGAGGAUCACUGUCUUUGAGGAGGAAUACUUCCAGGGUAAAAGCUGCGAGUUUACCAUGGAGUGCCAGAACAUUCUGGACAGAGACUUCAGAAAGAUCCGCUCUAUCAAGGUGGAGAACGGCCCUUGGGUUGGUUAUGAGUACCCUGAGUUCCAGGGACAGCAGUUUGUUUUGGAGAAGGGAGAUUACCCCUGCUAUCAGGCCUGGAGUGGAAACAGCAGCUACAGAACAGAGCACCUACUGUCCUUCAGGCCCAUCAAGUGUGCUAACCACAGUGACAGUAAGGUGACGCUGUACGAGUGCGAAGACUUCCAGGGCCGUAAGUUCGAGAUGUGUGACGACUACCCCUCCCUGCAGGCCAUGGGCUGGUGCAGCAAGGAGGUGCCAUCAAUCAAAGUCAACUCUGGAGCCUGGGUGGCCUACCAGUUCCCUGGGUACCGUGGAUACCAGUACAUCCUGGAGAGAGACAGACGCCAAGGAGAGUUCAGAAACUAUAACGAGUUCAGCACCCAGGCCCACACCAACCAGAUCCAGUCUAUCCGCAGAAUCCAGCAUUAA